ACAAAAUAAAAUAAAAUACGCGAAAAGUAAUUCAUUUAAUAUCUUUUUAUUAAUUUUUUAUCAAUUUCGUCGUUAGCUUAUCGUGUGGUGUAAAUGCUUUUUGUGUGCCUUGAUGACCACAAUAUAAAAUAUAAAAACAUACAUAAAGUCAAAUAACAUUGUUGAACAAAAAGUUUAUUGUAAGCGUUUUCCAUUAUUAUUUUUUUUUUUUGUAAGGAAAAGUUCUAAGGUGUUUAUAUGAAAGUAUUGAGCAAAAGAACAAAAUGCCAAAAAAAAAUAAAAUAAAUUAAUAAAUAAAUAAAUAAAUAACAGAACAUAAAAGAAAAAAGUGUAAAAUCACAUUAGUUUGUGUUUUAAAAGUGAUUUGAUGAAUCAAAAUUUAAAAAGAUAAGAGUUUAAAUUAAAAAUGAUUAUGUUCAUCUUUCGUUAACAAUUUAAUACAUUUUUGGGAAAAGAAAAAUUGCUAUAAUGAGAAUUAAUUUUCUUAAAUAGUAAACAGAAGCACAUUCACUAAGUGGAAUGAUAGAAAAAACAUUUAAACAACAAUGGGAAUAACUUUGCGUUUAGAUAGCGAAGAACAGUAGCAGUAGCAGCAGCAGCACCAGCAGCAGCACCAGCAAUAACAACAAUAAUAAUAGCGAUUAAAUGCGCUCUCAUUAGUACAACAGUACAACAGCCAUGAGUAAUGUCAAGUUGACAAAACCAAACAUGAAAAUAAGAAAAAUGCCUGCAUGCAUUAUAACGCAUGCAUUUACAUGUUUUUAAUAAGAAAAUGUAACGUUUACCAUAAGUAAAGGUACUUAGAGAAAGAGGGAGAGAGAAAGAGAGAGAAUAUCAAAUUUUUGCUUAUUUUAACGUACAUGUAUAUAUAUAUAUAUAUAUAUAUAUAUAUAUAUUUGCAUUCGUAUGUAUAGAAAUGCUGCUGCUUUCGUUUUUCAUAUCGCGUUUUGUUUAGAAAUAAGAAAAUGACAAAUGAUAGAUGAAUUUUAUAAGAUAACAAUAAUAUGUUAAAAAAAUUUAUGUGUAUCUAUGUGUUAAUGCAACAACAAUAAUAAAUUAUCUUUUAAUAAAAAUGAAAUAAAAUCAUCUAUCUCAUCAACAGGAAUAACUAAACUUAAAAAUAAAUUAAAAGAUAUAUGAUUAACAUUGCUUUUUAUGACAAAUACAACGUUUUCCAACACUGUUGUUAAUAACCCAACAAACUUCCUUAAAGAAAUUAAAUAAAUAAUGCCUGAAACCGAAUAUGAAUUUAUAACGAAGGAGUGGCUACAGUCUGAAUUAAGGGCUGUAUCAGCCUCUUCUUCGUUACGCGAUGCCAAAAAUUUAAUAAUAAUGGACUGUCGUAGCUCUCAUGAGUUUAGCGAGUGCCAUAUUAGAUCUGCGGUCAAUUUUUCAAUACCUAGUAUAAUGCUAAGGCGUUUAGCAGCUGGCAAAAUUGAUCUUUUAUCUACAAUUAAAUCGAGUGAACUUAAAGAACGCAUACAAAACGGUUACAAGGUCAGUUUAAUUGUACUUUACAACGACGUGGGUGUAAAUACCGGUAGUGUAACAAUAACAUCUACUGAUACUAAUAUUAGCAAUUUACCUAACGACCAAUCAUCAUCUAUGGAUUAUUUAGGAAGCAAUAACACUGAUUUAACCGGCUCCGAUAGUACCAUAAAUGUUUUAUAUAAACGUUUAAAACAAGAUGGUUGUCGCGUAGUAUCGUUACAAGAUGGCUUUUCCAGUUUUCGGCAAACAUUUCCAGAAUGGUGUGAAGACGAUAGCCCGCAAAACAAAGAAAUGGAAUCUAGUCGCAAUACACAAACAGAUCAGUUAAUGGGUUUAAGAUCCCUUAGAAUAUCUACUCCUCAUUCCGAUUCCGCUUGUAGUAGUUCUGCAGAGUCAUCCGACUGUGAGGGUUCGACACAUCAUAAUUUCAAUGAAGCUCCUGUAGAAAUAAUACCUGGACUAUUUUUGGGCAAUGCCAUGCAUAGUUGUGAUGCCAGAGCUUUGCAAAAAUACAAUAUAAAAUAUAUAUUAAAUGUAACCAAGGAUCUUCCAAAUGUCUUUGAAGCUUCGGGCGGCAUACAAUAUUUGCAAAUACCUAUUACUGAUCAUUAUUCUCAAGAUUUAGCGAUGCAUUUUCCAGCUGCCAUACAGUUCAUUGAAGAAGCUCGUUCCAACAACUCUGCCGUACUAGUUCAUUGUUUAGCUGGUGUGUCGCGUUCUGUGACGGUUACUUUGGCCUAUUUAAUGCGAGCCUUGGAUUUAUGCUUAAACGAUGCUUUCACUUUGGUACGUGACCGUAAACCGGAUGUGUCACCCAAUUUUCAUUUUAUGCAGCAAUUGCACUCGUUUGAACGUCAACUGGGCUUAAAUAGUAACGAAUGCACGGAAAUGGAUGAUAGUAGCAUUGGCAGUGCGUCAACAACGCUUGCCGGUUCGCCGAAAUCCGGUGUUAGCAUGUCCUUAGGCUCAUCACAUUGUAAUUCAUCUAAAUUCUCUUGUAAUUGCAUAGCAACUGAUUGUAAGUGUAUACCAACGCCCAAUUAUAUCGCGCAAUUAGCCAAAGCAGCUACCGGCAUAUCACCCGAUUCGGGCAUCGAAUUUGAUCGAUGGACACCUUCGGCGGAUACCGGACUUAAAUGAGAACAACUUGUAGGAAAAAGUUUUGUACUUCCUCCGAACAACAAUGAGCCGCCAAUGGCUUUAAAUGCCGAUAAUGUGUCACCUGCUUCCACCAACUCUUCCUCAACAUCUACCAAUACAACAGCUGAGGCAGUGUCGGUUAUUGAAUUACAUCAUAGGAAUGCAACAACUACAGAAGAGUAAUAUUAAUUAACUGGAAAGUUAGUACAAAACUUUUUUCUACUUGUACAAAACGAAAUACAUAUAAAAUAAGAACUCUGUAUCCCACCUUCAUCAUCGCAAUACAUAUUUUUUGUCUCUCGCAUAAAAUCCCAUACACAUAUACAUAUUUUCUAUGUAUAAUAUAUAUAUGUA